GUUUAUUCGUUUCGGACCACAAGGAAGAAGAGAUAAAAAGUUCAACUAUCGAAGAAUUAAAGGAAGAAUUAGGAAAAAAAGAAGACUACACCUAUUUUAUUGAAGAGAAAAAAGACGACGGCGAAAAAUUAAAAGUGUUGUGGGCAACCGUUUUUCAAAAAAUCAGUGCAAAUUUUGAUAUGGAUGAAGACAAACAAGAAGAAAAGGCUAAAAAAAAAAGC